AUGGGCAGUAAUGAUACUCUUGUAAAUCAGAUUAUUACAGAGUUGAGUACAACAUUUUCGUUAAAAGAUCUUGGUCUUGUUGACUACUUUUUAAGGAUUCAAGUCACACACGCGUUUGAAGGAAUAUUUCUUUCUCAAACUAAGUAUCUUCAAGAACUGCUUUGCAAAGAAGACAUGCAAAAUGUUAAUACUCAGAACACACUAAUGAACAGUAGUUUGAAGCUUUCCAUCUAUGGCAGUGACCCUGUCAAGGGUGUCACUCUUUAUAGGUCUAUUGUUGGAGCUUUACAAUAUGCCACUGUGACACAACCUGAACUUACAUUCUGUGUCAACAAAGCCUCCGAUCCUAAUAAUAGGAGCUCCACGACAAGGUAUUGCAUCUAUUUUGGUGGCAAUCUAGUGACUUGGAAGUCUAAAAAACAAGCUACAAUCAACAAAUCAUACACUGAAGCAGAGUUUCGAAGCUUGGUCCGUGUUGUUACUGAAGUAACAUGGCUUCAUUCUCAUCCACAUCAGUACCCUCUAUACGGUGUGACAACCAAAGUACAGUACUUCUAG